CUGGGAAAAGGGGGCCGUGCGCAAAGGACUCCAUGGCUGCCUCAGAGAGCAGUACGGCGGCCACAAAGGUCGGGGGGUUAAUAUAAGCCUUCCUUUGAAUGGAAGUUGCCUCCUGAAAGGCUUAACAGCGCGCAUGUUUACUCAAAAAGCCCCUCUCCCUUUGUUCCAUGGCACUUGCUCCGGGUAAAUGCGCACAUCUAACUUCUUUAAGACCAAGCGUCCAUUAAAAGCAGUGCCGCAGCCUCCUCGCACAUUUGAAGAAUUUUUAGUCUCUCAGAAGUUGGAUGAUUGGCCACGGUUUCCCUACAUGCCAGAAAUGGAUACUCAGCCUUUGGUUGCCAAGUUAAAAAAAGACUAUGCCUUGGAGACUAUUACAAAGUGCCUUCAUGACAAUGCUCCAAUAUCCACUAAAAUUAUCUCUGAUUUGGAAAAGAGAAUGGAUGAAUGCAAAAUGAGAGUCCAUGAACAUGCUGACGUUGUACUUUAUUUGGAAUCUAAAGAAUCAGAAAAAGAUGACCAAGAGGGUGUUUUUAUAGAGCAAGACACUUGUCUUUCUGAAUCAACAAGCAGUUUGCCAAGGAAGAAGAAGAAAAAGAAGAAAGUGCAGAUUGCUGCAGAUACCAUAGACCACACAAGUUCUAAAAGAGUUGAGAACUACAAGUUCCCUGGUUUCAAGCCAAUGAAAGUCAUGAAACUACCAAAUCAUCUAGAACCCGCACAACUCUGGGAUUCAGUUCUUAAAGUCCAAACCUUCAAGGGAGUGGAUACAAAAAUUCUGAAGAAAUUGUUUAUCUCUGAAGCAUCCCUUGCAAUUUUACAGGAUUGCUUUUGGUGGUGGUUUCUUCACAAGUUCAAGCCUGAUCAAGCUGAACAGGACCACCUUUUUGAUAGAAUAUCAGACAGCUUUGUGGCGCUUCUCUUGAGUACUCCCAGUUUCAUAAAAGAUCCUUUCUUUCAGAUGUACCCUGACUGCUUGUCACAAGCCAUCUAUGUUACUUUUUGUGAAGCUUUUCCUGAAUCCCGUCUUCGUUUCACUGACGAAUUUAAAGAGGAACUAAUGGAUUUAGUUUUUCAGUGGAUAAGAGGUUUCAAACCACAAAAAUCUGCUUGGAAGAAAUGGAAUUUAUUCUGGUUGGAAGCGCCCCUGACACAAACGCAGAAAACAGAUUCCUUACAUAAGUUAUCUAGUUUGAAACUCCAAAACUCUGUGAUUAAGACAAGGUCAAUCGGAAAGUCUUGGAGUCGGAGUCCGAUUGCAGAUCAGCCUCAAGUGCACUUUCAGCUCGAAAAAGAAGAACCAAAGGAAGUAGAGGUAACACCAAAGAAAAAGGCAGAGUCACAUUAUAUCGGAGAUGGCCCAGACUUCCAACGUUCGCUGUUCAACCUUGGUGGUCAAAGUCCUCUGGUCGUAUAUUACCUUAAGAUGCAUGGAAUAUCUAACACCUUAGCAAACAUGCGGGCUUACAGGAUUAAUCACAUUGAAAUCUGCAAAGUACCACCAGCUUCUCCGACAUACAGAGAUGCUAUUGCAGAAAGUCAAAAAAUUGCAGAAAAACGGCACAACGAUUUUCUUAAUUUUGAACAUAAGUGUGCUGAUGAACUAGCACAUUUACAACGCCAGAGGAAAAAAGUUAACAGAACAUACAAGAGGAUGUUGGCAACCAUCACUAAGAAGCGUACUGAAUCAAGGCUGCAAACAGAGAGCUUUAUAAGCCAAAGGGAAACCCCAAAGCCAUGCCAUUCUACAUCCACACCCGCAUCUACAUCCACAUCCACUGUGAGUUCAGCAGCUGAAGACCUCCCUUAGUAAGAUACAUGUAACAAAAGCUACCUGAUUCAUUCCUUGUGACAUACUUGAUAUUAAAUACGCCUCUAUCUUCAAGUCAAUAAAGAAAGACAGAGCAGCAUUUAAAAUUUUUCAA